AUGACAGAUCCAAUGAUGGACUUUUUUGAUGAUGCCAAUCUUUUUGGUGAGACCUUAGAAGGUUUGUCAGAUGAUGCAUUUGUACAGCCAGGACCUGUUUCACUAGUCGAUGAAUUGAACCUGGGUGCAGAAUUUGAACCUUUGCACAUAGACUCACUCAACCAUGUUCAAGGUACUCCAACACAUCAGAAGAUAACUGAUUAUGAGCAGUUAAAUCAGUUUGAUUCAAUGAAAUUUCACCAGGUCAGUCAGCCUUUUGGUAGCCCAGCUGAACACGUGUUAUCUCCACACUCUCAGUUUAAUUGUUCUCCAAUCCAUCCCCCAAACCAACCCAAUGGUUUGUUUCCAGAUGUAGCAGAUGGCAGUCCAAUGUGGGGCCAUCAGACAGCUACCAGCAUUUCAAAUCAAAAUGGGUCUCCUUUCCACCAACAAGGACAUUCUCACCCUAUGCAUCCAAAUAAAAGCUUUGUGGUACACCAUGACUUUGCCUUAUUUCAGGCCAGUGAACAACAAACACAGUGCACUUCACUACGCUCACAGCAAAACAGAAACAGUCUUAACCCAGGGCAAAAUUCUCUUAGCCAGUCUAAAAAUUUUAUGGAUGUUAAUGUUUCUGGUCCACACAGAGUCAGUGUUAGCCACCCAUCACAAAUUACGAAUGCAUCUACGUCGCAACAGUCUCUUUCAAUGCAGCAAUUUUCUCAGACAUCAAAUCCUUCAGUACACUUCCUCAAGUGUAGCAAUCACCAAGAAGGGAAUUUUAAUGGACCUUCUCCAAAUAUGACUUCUUGUUCUGUCAGUAAUUCACAGCAGUUUUCUUCACAUUAUUCCUUUUCCAGUAAUCACGUCUCACCCAACAGUCUUCUGCAGUCCUCUGCUGUUCUUGCACCUAAUCAUACAAAUCAGGCUUUAUCAGAUUUUACUGGAAGUAAUUCCUUUUCACCUCAUAGGGGAAUCAAGCAAGACUCCACUCAGCAUAUGCUAAAUCCCAAUACAUCGUUGAAUUCAAGUAAUUUCCAAAUGUUGCAUUCAUCACAUCCUCAGGGUAAUUAUAGCAAUUCAAAAUUAUCUCCUGUGCACAUGAACUUCCCAGAUCCUGUUGACUCAGGAACUCAAAUGGGCCAUUUCAAUGAUCACGUAGAAACUAAUGGCUUUUCAUCUUUAGAAGAGAAUUUACUUCAUCAAGUAGAGUCUCAAACUGAGCCAUUCACGGGACUUGACCCAGAAGACCUCCUGCAGGAGGGUCUCCUUCCCCAGUUUGAUGAGGCAACAUUUGGACAGGAUCAUUCAAGUCAUGUUUUAGAUCAUGACCUUGAACGGCAGUUUACUUCACAUCUGGUAACUCGGCCUUCAGAGAUGGCUCAAACUCAGUUGCACAGUCCAGCUCGCAGUUGGCAUUCAUCACUUUCGAAUCAUCAGCAUUUACAUGACAGAAAUCGCCUAUAUUUACAGCGACAGCCUCCAUCUUCCAAGAAGAGUGACGGUUCUGGGACAUACACUAAGUUGCAGAAUACCCAGGUGAGGAUCAUGUCUGAGAAGAAACAGAGAAAAAAGGUGGAAUCAGAAAGCAAGCAAGAAAAGGCUAAUCGGAUAAUAUCAGAGGCCAUAGCAAAAGCAAAGGAGCGUGGGGAACGCAAUAUUCCACGAGUAAUGAGUCCUGAGAACUUUCCUAGUGCUUCAGUUGAAGGAAAAGAGGAAAAGAAAGGUAGACGGAUGAAAUCCAAGCCAAAGGACAAAGAGAGCAAAAAAACAAAAACUUGUUCAAAGUUGAAAGAGAAGACAAAAAUUGGCAAACUCAUUAUUACGUUGGGUAAGAAACAAAAAAGAAAGAAUGAGUCUUCAGAUGAAAUAUCUGAUACAGAGCAGAUGCCACGGCACACGCUCAAAGAGGAAGACCCUCAAAAAAGAAGAUCAAAUCGUCAAAUUAAAAGAAAAAAAUAUGCGGAAGAUGCAGAAGGGAAACAAUCUGAAGAAGAGCUCAAAGGUUCUAUGAAAAUAAAAAAGAAUUCAGCUCCUUUACCUGGUGAACAGCCUUUACAGUUAUUUGUGGAGAAUCCAAGUGAAGAAGAUGCUGCAAUCGUGGAUAAAAUCCUGUCUUCUAGAAUUACAAAAAAGGAAGUAUCACCUGGAGUGAUGAUUGAUACAGAAGAAUUUUUUGUAAAAUACAAGAAUUACUCCUAUCUUCACUGUGAGUGGGCCACAGAACAGCAGCUUUUGAAAGAUAAAAGGAUCCAGCAGAAAAUCAAACGAUUCAAACUGAGACAAGCACAAAGAGCACAUUUUUUUGCAGACAUGGAAGAGGAACCAUUUAACCCAGACUACGUUGAAGUAGACAGAGUGUUAGAAGUCUCUUUUUGUGAAGAUAAAGACACUGGUGAGCCUGUUAUUUACUACUUAGUAAAGUGGUGCUCAUUACCGUAUGAAGAUAGUACUUGGGAACUAAAAGAAGAUGUAGAUCUUGCAAAAAUAGAAGAGUUUGAACAGUUACAAGCUUCAAGGCCUGACACAAGACAUUUGGAUCGUCCUCCUGCUAAUAUUUGGAAAAAAAUUGAUCAAUCCAGGGACUAUAAAAAUGGCAAUCAACUCAGGGAAUAUCAACUGGAAGGACUCAACUGGCUCUUAUUCAAUUGGUACAAUAGACGGAACUGCAUUUUAGCCGAUGAAAUGGGUCUUGGCAAAACCAUUCAGUCAAUUACAUUCCUCUACGAAAUCCUUCUGACUGGUAUAAGAGGACCUUUCCUGAUUAUCGCUCCACUUUCUACUAUUGCAAACUGGGAGAGAGAAUUCCGUACAUGGACUGAUAUUAAUGUUGUGGUUUACCAUGGGAGCCUGAUUAGCAGACAGAUGAUACAGCAAUAUGAGAUGUACUUCAGGGACUCACAGGGGCGUAUCAUUCGAGGAGCUUACAGAUUCCAAGCCAUCAUCACCACUUUUGAAAUGAUUCUUGGUGGCUGUGGAGAGCUAAAUGCAAUUGAAUGGCGAUGUGUGAUUAUUGAUGAAGCACAUAGGUUAAAGAAUAAAAAUUGUAAACUUCUUGAAGGUCUGAAACUCAUGAAUCUGGAACACAAGGUGCUUUUGACUGGUACACCUCUCCAAAAUACAGUUGAAGAACUAUUCAGUCUUCUUCACUUCCUAGAACCUUUAAGGUUUCCUUCCGAAUCAACAUUUAUGCAAGAAUUUGGGGAUCUGAAAACAGAAGAACAGGUGCAAAAACUUCAGGCUAUCCUGAAACCCAUGAUGUUGAGGCGAUUGAAAGAAGAUGUGGAGAAGAAGCUGGCACCAAAGGAAGAAACCAUCAUUGAAGUGGAACUUACUAACAUUCAAAAGAAAUACUACCGGGCUAUUUUGGAGAAGAACUUCUCCUUUUUAUCCAAAGGGGCAGGGCAGACCAAUGUACCUAACUUGGUCAAUACCAUGAUGGAGCUCAGGAAGUGCUGCAAUCAUCCGUAUCUUAUCAAAGGUGCUGAAGAGAAAAUACUUGGAGAAUUUAGGGAUACGUAUAAUCCAGCUGCUUCUGAUUUUCAUCUUCAAGCAAUGAUCCAGUCUGCUGGUAAACUGGUCCUUAUUGAUAAAUUGCUUCCCAAAAUGAAAGCUGGAGGUCAUAAAGUGCUCAUCUUCUCUCAGAUGGUACGCUGCCUUGACAUCCUAGAGGACUAUCUCAUUCAUAAAAGAUAUUUAUAUGAGCGAAUUGAUGGAAGAGUCAGAGGGAACCUGCGACAAGCUGCUAUAGAUCGAUUUAGUAAACCUGAUUCAGAUCGAUUUGUUUUCCUUCUGUGCACCCGAGCUGGUGGGUUAGGCAUCAACUUAACUGCUGCUGAUACAUGUAUAAUUUUUGAUUCUGAUUGGAACCCUCAGAAUGACCUGCAGGCCCAAGCUCGUUGCCACAGAAUCGGUCAGAAUAAAGCAGUUAAAGUCUACCGACUAGUAACUCGUAACUCCUAUGAGAGAGAGAUGUUUGACCGAGCCAGUCUGAAACUGGGUCUAGAUAAGGCUGUGUUACAGAGCAUGAGUGGAAGAGAAAGUAAUGUUGGUGGUAUUCAACAGCUUUCCAAAAAGGAAAUAGAAGAUCUGCUUCGAAGAGGUGCAUAUGGUGCUAUUAUGGAGGAAGAAGAUGAAGGCUCUAAAUUCUGUGAGGAGGAUAUCGAUCAGAUUUUACUACGUCGUACAAAAACUAUCACAAUUGAGUCAGAAGGACGUGGGUCAACAUUUGCCAAGGCAAGUUUUGUGGCAUCUGGAAAUCGGACAGAUAUUUCCUUAGAUGAUCCUAAUUUCUGGCAGAAAUGGGCUAAAAAGGCAGAAAUAGAUAUAGAUGCCAUCAGUGGCAGAAACAGCUUGGUUAUUGACACUCCAAGAAUUAGGAAGCAAACAAGACCCUUUAGUGCCACAAAAGAUGAGUUGGCGGAAUUAUCUGAAGCCGAAAGUGAAGGGGAUGAAAAGCCCAAACUCCGGAGACCCUGUGAUCGUUCCAAUGGCUAUGGAAGAACUGAAUGCUUUAGAGUAGAGAAAAAUCUUCUAGUUUAUGGAUGGGGCCGAUGGAGAGAGAUUCUGUCUCAUGGUCGUUUUAAAAGGCAGCUGAAUGAGCAUGAUGUAGAAAUAAUUUGCCGAGCCCUCUUAGCUUAUUGCCUUGUUCACUACCGAGGAGAUGAGAAAAUUAAAGGCUUCAUAUGGGAUCUCAUUACUCCAACUGAAGAUGGGCAGACACGAGAGCUACAAAAUCAUCUGGGCCUGUCAGCCCCAGUACCCAGGGGUCGAAAAGGGAAGAAAGUAAAGACUCAAACAAGCUCAUUUGAUAUACAGAAAGCAGAAUGGCUUCGAAAAUAUAAUCCUGAGCAGCUACUUCAAGAUGAAGGAUACAAAAAACAUAUAAAACACCACUGUAAUAAGGUUUUGCUUCGUGUAAGAAUGCUGUAUUAUCUAAAGCAAGAAGUCAUUGGAAAUGAGUGUCAGAAAGUAUUUGAUGGAGUUGAUGCAAGUGACAUUGAUGUUUGGGUCCCAGAACCAGACCACUCAGAAGUUCCUGCUGAAUGGUGGGAUUUUGACGCUGAUAAGUCCCUUCUUAUCGGAGUUUUUAAACAUGGUUAUGAAAAAUAUAACACUAUCCGAGCAGACCCAGCAUUAUGCUUCUUGGAAAGAGUGGGAAAACCUGAUGAGAAAGCAGUUGCUGCAGAACAGAGAGCAAAUGAUUAUAUGGAUGGGGAUGUGGAAGAUCCAGAAUACAAACCUGCCCCAGCUAUCUUUAAAGAUGAUAUGGAGGAUGAUGUUUCUUCACCAGGAGAUCUUGUUAUAGCAGAUGGAGAUGGUCAGCUGAUGGAGGGUGAUAAAAUUUAUUGGCCAACUCAAUCAGCUUUAACCACACGUUUGAGGCGUCUCAUCACUGCAUAUCAGCGUACUAAUAAAAACAGACAAAUCCAACAGAUACAGCCCACGUUCUCAGUGCCUGCCAGUGUCAUGCAGCCUCUUUAUGAAGAAGCCACUCUUAAUCCUAAAAUGGCAGCCAAGAUAGAAAGACAGCAGAGAUGGACAAGAAGAGAAGAAGCUGACUUUUAUAGAGUUGUGUCCACAUUUGGAGUGGUAUUUGAUCCUGACAGAGGCCAAUUUGACUGGACAAAAUUUAGAGCUAUGGCUAGGCUGCAUAAGAAAACUGAUGAUAGUUUGGAGAAGUAUUUGUAUGCAUUCAUGUCUAUGUGUCGGAGGGUUUGUCGUCUUCCUUCCAAAGAAGAAUUGGUGGAUCCAAAUAUUUUUAUCCAGCCAAUCACAGAAGAACGUGCUUCAAGGACUUUGUAUCGCAUUGAACUUCUAAGGAAAGUACGGGAACAGGCCCUCCGACAUCCACAAUUGUUUGAACGCUUGAAGCUUUGCCAUCCAAAUCCAGACCUACCAGUCUGGUGGGAAUGUGGCCCUCAUGAUAGGGACUUGCUCAUUGGAGCUGCGAAACAUGGGGUGAGCCGAACAGACUAUCACAUUCUUCGUGAUCCUGAACUCUCCUUUAUGGCAGCUCAGAGGAACUACAGUCAAAGUAAGAUGGCUCCUUCAAGGACUUCUACCCCACUUUUACAGCAAUAUCAAGUAGCACUUUCUGCUUCUCCUCUUACCUCUCUACCUAGGCUCCUAGAUGCUAAAGGUAUUAUUCUAGAGGAUAUGAAAGUUAAAAGUGAAAAUCUUAAAGAGGAGCCUCAGUCUUCUGAAGAAGAAUCUAUGUCUUCUGAGGAAACCAGGACACUAAUAAAGUCUGAGCCUGUAAGUCCAAAGAAUGGUGUUUUACCGCAGGCCACUGGAGACCAGAAAUCUGGUGGAAAAGGUGAAACAGACAGACGCAUGGUUGCAGCCAGAACAGAACCCCUAACUCCAAACCCAGCUUCUAAGAAACAGCGAGUCCACAAAAGAGGAUCCGAAUCUAGUUCUGAGUCUGACUCUGAUUCUGAGAGAUCAUCCUGUUCUUCCAGAUCAUCUUCUUCCUCGUCUUCCUCCUCCUCUUGUUCCGACUCUCGAUCAGGCUCUAGUUCCUCUUCAUCCUCCUCCUGUUCUUCAGCAUCGUCUUCAUCCUCAUCCUCAUCCUCUUCCUCAUCAUCCUCCUCCUCAUCUUCAUCAGAAGAAAGUGACAGUGAAGAAGAAGAAGUCCCAAAGCGAGAAGGUACCCCUCACGUGAAAGCCUACGAUGAAGAAAGUGUUGCAUCACUGAGCACUACCCAGGAUGAGACCCAAGAUAGCUUCCAGAUGAACAAUGGGACACCAGAGUCUGCUUAUAUCUUACAAGGAGGAUACAUGCUAGCAGCCUCAUAUUGGCCAAAGGAUCGUGUGAUGAUCAACCGGCUGGACAGUAUUUGUCAAACAGUUCUGAAAGGGAAGUGGCCUUCAGCUAGAAGAAGUUAUGAUGCCAACACAGUGGCCUCUUUCUAUACCACAAAACUGCUGGACAGCCCUGGCGCGGCUACAGAAUAUAGCGAACCCAGUGUACCCACACCCCCAGGCGCCGGUGUUAAAGAAGAACACGAUCAGUCAACACAGAUGUCAAAGGUGAAGAAGCAUGUACGAGAAAAGGAGUUUACAGUGAAAAUCAAAGACGAAGGUGGUUUGAAGUUGACAUUUCAGAAGCAAGGGCUUGCUCAGAAAAGACCAUUCGACAGCGAAGACAGUGCCCUGGGGCAGCAACAGUACCUUGCUCGGCUUCGGGAACUGCAGAGUGCAUCGGAGACCAGCCUCGCCACCUUUCCCAAAUCCGUGCCAGUAUCAGGUACUUCCAUUCAGUCAACCCUUGGUGCCAAUGGAGUUAGAUUAGACAACCAGCCUAUAGUCAAAAAAAGGCGGGGAAGGAGGAAGAAUGUAGAAGGUGUUGACAUCCUCUUUUUUAACAGAAAUAAACCACCUAAUCAUGUAACUGUAGGCCUAACCAGCUCCCAGAUUUCUACAGGGAUAAAUCCAGCACUGUCCUACACUCAGCCUCAAGGAAUUCCGGAUACAGAAAGUCCGGUUCCGGUUAUUAACCUGAAAGAUGGGACAAGACUUGCAGGCGAUGAUGCGCCAAAGAGAAAGGAUUUGGAAAAAUGGCUUAAGGAGCACCCAGGUUAUGUGGAAGAUUUAGGAGCUUUUAUUCCUAGAAUGCAGCUCCAUGAGGGGAGGCCCAAACAAAAGAGGCAUCGGUGCAGAAACCCUAAUAAACUCGAUGUUAAUAGUCUUACUGGAGAAGAACGUGUUCAGCUGAUUAACAGAAGAAAUGCCAGAAAGGUUGGAGGUGCAUUUGCUCCCCCUUUAAAAGAUUUAUGUCGAUUCCUGAAAGAAAAUUCAGAAUAUGGAGUGGCUCCUGAAUGGGGAGAUGUUGUUAAGCAGUCUGGGUUUCUUCCAGAAAGUAUGUAUGAGCGUAUUCUCACUGGUCCUGUUGUGAGAGAGGAGGUCAGCAGGCGGGGGCGGCGGCCCAAAAGUGGAAUUGCGAAGGCCACGGCAGCGGCCACAGCUACAACUGCCAGCGGUGUUUCAGGCAAUCCUUUGUCGGCCAAUGGAUUACUUCCAGGUGUGGAUCUCACAACUCUUCAGGCCUUACAGCAAAACCUACAAAACUUGCAGUCACUGCAAGUGACUGCAGGGCUGAUGGGAAUGCCUGCUGGCCUUUCUUCUGGAGGAGAAGCUAAAAACGUGGCUGCCAUGUUCCCCAUGCUGCUGUCAGGAAUGACUGGAUUACCAAAUCUGUUGGGCAUGGGAGGGCUCCUGACAAAGCCUACCGAAUCUGGAACAGAGGAAAAAAAGGGAAAUGACCCUAAGGAGCUAGAAGGAAAAAAAGAAAGGACAGAGAGUCAAAAUUCAGAGAAUGGGGGAGAAAACUCUGUGUCAAGUUCUCCUUCGACAUCAUCUACUGCUGCAUUAAAUACAGCUGCAGCUGCCAACCCGUUAGCUCUUAACCCACUCCUACUCUCCAAUAUACUUUAUCCAGGGAUGCUUCUCACUCCAGGCCUUAAUCUUCAUAUUCCAACUUUGUCCCAGUCCAAUACUUUUGAUGUACAGAAAAACAAAAACAGUGACUUAGGCUCAUCUAAGUCCAUAGAAGUCAAGGAGGAGGAUUCCAGAGUUAGAGAUCAGGAAGACAAAGGAGGAACUGAACCCAGUCCUCUCAACGAAAACAGCACAGAUGAGGGUUCAGAGAAAGCCGAUGCUUCAUCUGGAUCUGAUAGUACAUCGUCAUCAUCCGAGGAUUCAGAUUCUAGUAAUGAAGACUGA